UCCAUUCAAAUUUUUUUUCAUCAAGUUCCAACACAAAUCUCAUGCUCUGAUCACAUUCUGCCCUCCACGUUACUCAAUUAUCCAAUCUGCUAACCGACUCAAUUCAAAACAAAUAUAAUUGCUAAAAUGAAAAUAAUUAAAUUUUUGUAUCGCACUCAUUUUCUUUCCUAUGCCACCUAUCCAAGAACUUCAUUUUUUUGCUCAAAACGUCAUUUCUUCUCUUACAGUUCUCUGAAACUCAGUUUUUGCCAAAAUCAAGGCAAAUUGACCAAGAUUAGGUACGGAAUUUACCUAAAUACAAGGUCAUCAAUGAGUUGUUCUGCAACUCCAGCUAUGGCAAGGGAGAAAGAAAUGGAACAAAUGGAUAGAAUAUUAGCUGCAAAAGAGGAUGACCAUGGUGGGGUGAUAGUGGAAAUGACUAAUGAGCCCUUGGCCCCUUCUGUCUUUGGUUCUUUGCUUAGAGCCUCACUUUCUCAUUGGAGACAACAGGGUAAAAAAGGUGUUUGGAUCAAAUUUCCUAUUGAGCUUGCAACACUUAUUGAACCUGCUGUCAAGGAAGGAUUUUAUUACCACCAUGCAGAACCAAAAUACUUGAUGCUUGUGAGUUGGCUAUCCGGAACUGCUAACACUAUUCCAGCAAAUGCUACGCAUAGAGUGGGUAUUGGUGCUUUCGUCAUGAAUGAAAAGAAUGAGGUGCUAGUUGUCCAAGAAAAGAGUGGAAGAUUUCGUGGAACUGGUGUGUGGAAGUUACCUACAGGAGUUGUUGAUGAGGGUGAAGAUAUAUGUGAUGCAGCUGUCAGAGAAGUAAAAGAAGAAACAGGGGUUGACACAAAGUUUGUAGAAAUACUGGCAUUCAGGCAAAGCCACAGGUCAUUUUUUGAAAAGUCAGAUCUAUUCUUUGUCUGCAUGCUACAACCUCUCUCCUUUGAUAUCCAGAAACAGGACGCAGAAAUAGAGGCAGCCGAGUGGAUGCCAUUUGAACAAUACGCAGCUCAGCCAUAUGUCCAAGGGCAUGAUCUUUUCAGGUACAUUUCCGACAUAUGCUCGGCAAAGACGGAGGGAAGGUAUACAGGAUUCUCAUCGGUUCCUACAGUGACCAGUUUUUCUGAGAAGAAAACCUACUUGUACAUGAAUAGCAAUGACAGAACAACCGGUCACGACGACCCCUAAUGUGAGAGGAUGCUAUGAAGAUUGAUUCUUUUAUUCCACAAAGGAGGAAAAGGAAGAGAUAUAGAGAAGAAGUUUGAGUCAAUGUGACUUCAAUGAAGCAUAUAAAGGUGAAAUUCUUUUUUAGUAUGAUAGAAUAACAUGGGAUCAAAAGUGUUUUGUGAUGGGAGAAUUGACUUUCAGGUUUAAUUUUGUAUUUGAUACAUGAUGCAUCAAGUGUACAUUAAGAAUUUUUUGUGUACUUAAGUUUCUUUGAUUGGCCUUUGGAA